GUAUCUAAAUAAUAAUAAGCUGCGCCCACAGACAGUUAAGAACUCGCAUGAUACAUCCCACAUUAUUAAUUUGAUACACUCAAAAAAGUUCCAAUCCAACGCCAAUAAACUCUCUUCGCAAACUGAUUCAUCAAUCGUUGGCUCUAAUGGACUCCGUCUUCUCAAACGUUGAUCGUGCUCCCGAAGAUCCUAUUCUCGGUGUGACAGUUGCUUACAACAAUGAUACAAGCCCAGCUAAGCUCAAUUUGGGUGUCGGUGCCUAUCGAACUGAGGAAGGGAAGCCACUUGUUCUUGACGUGGUGCGUAGGGCAGAGCAACAGCUUGUGAACGAUCCGUCCCGUGUGAAGGAAUAUAUUCCUAUUGCUGGACUUGCUGAUUUCAACAAACUUAGUGCCAAGCUCAUCUUAGGUGCUGAUAGUCCUGCUAUUCAAGAGAGUAGAGUUGCUACAAUCCAGUGCUUGUCUGGUACUGGUUCUUUGAGAGUUGGUGCUGAGUUUCUCAAAAAACACUACCACCAAAGUGUUAUUUUCAUUCCAAAACCAACUUGGGGGAACCAUCCCAAAGUUUUCAACCUGGCUGGCUUGUCUGUAGAGUACUACCGUUACUAUGAUCCUGCAACCCGUGGACUUGACUUCCAAGGCUUGCUCGAGGAUCUUGGCGCUGCACCUUCUGGAGCUAUUGUCCUACUUCAUGCAUGUGCUCACAAUCCCACUGGAGUUGACCCAACCCCUGAACAGUGGGAACAGAUUCGACAACUAAUUAGAUCUAAAAGCUUGUUACCGUUCUUUGACAGUGCAUAUCAGGGUUUUGCUAGUGGUAGCCUUGACACAGAUGCACAUUCAGUCCGCACUUUUGUUGCUGAUGGUGGUGAAUGCUUGAUAGCUCAAAGUUAUGCCAAAAAUAUGGGACUUUAUGGGGAGCGUGUUGGUGCCCUUAGCAUCGUCUGCAAGUCGGCAGAUGUAGCUAGUAAGGUUGAGAGCCAGGUGAAACUUGUUGUGCGACCCAUGUAUUCUAGCCCACCUAUUCAUGGAGCAUCAAUUGUUGCUACCAUUCUGAAAAGCAGUGAUAUGUACAAUGACUGGACCAUCGAGCUGAAAGGAAUGGCUGACCGCAUAAUUAGCAUGCGCAAACAGUUAUUUGAAGCUCUACAAGCUAAAGGCACACCUGGUGAUUGGAGUCACAUUAUCAAACAGAUUGGGAUGUUCACUUUCACUGGAUUGAACAAGGAGCAAGUUGCCUUCAUGACCAAAGAGUAUCACAUUUACAUGACAUCUGACGGGAGAAUAAGCAUGGCAGGUCUCAGUACGAGGACAGUGCCUCACCUGGUUGAAGCUAUACAUGCUGCAGUUACCCGCGUCGCCUAAACUAGGGAGACAAUAUUUUUGUUGUUUCGUCGAAUAAAAUGAAAAACAAAAACAAAACAGAAACAUCUUCCUUGGUUUAUUAGUAUAUACUAAGGAUUUUCCGUUGGUAUUAUCAUAUGUUUCCUCAUGUCUUUUGGCUAAGGAUGCCUGAACCAAACAAACCGUUGAUAUAUUCAGUAUUGAAGGAAAAUAAUGGUUAUCAAAAGUUCAUU